AAGAAAAAAGGAAAAAGUUAGUGCAGUCAGGAAUAUGGCCGAUAAGGCGUUUGCGGUUACAAAUUGUCUUCUGAAUGGUUUAUUAACUCCUAUUUAAAGUGCGAAUGGGUCCUAUUCACUUCGCAUUAAAGAAGUGGUUUGACUGUUAUUUUUUUGUGGUAGCAGUAAGUCGGCAGAGCGUGUUUAUCACAACUAAAUUUGCUUUCGGUGUUAAUACUCAGGUCACAUAACCUAAAUGGCGAAGCACAUUGCAGAGCAGAAGCUUAAGGCUUUUUCAAUUGGUUCAAUGGGGAAAAGACCGUUGUCUAAAAAGGAACAAGAGGAGCAGAAGAAAAAGGAACAGGAAGAAGCAGCAGCCCAGGCAUUUCAAGAAUUUGUGGCAACUUUUCAAGAUGCUCCUAGCAAUAAAUCAGGAAAAGUUUGGGUCAAAGCAGGAACAUACGAUGCUGGAAGAAGACAGGAGGACACGAAGGAGAAGGGUAAGCUUUACAAGCCUACAUCAAGGCUUGAAGAGAAGUCAACUGCUGACCAAGCUCAGGAGUAUGCCAGGCUCUUGGGUGAACGAGGUAAACCAGAGAGACCUGGAAAAAAGAAAGAAAGAGAAAAGCGAAAAAGUAAUCUAGAGCUUUUUAAAGAAGAGUUAAAAACUAUUCAAGAAGAGAGAGAAGAAAGGCACAAGUAUAAGGGCAUAAUGAAAUCAUCAUCAACUUCCUUGUCAGGAAUUUAUGAAAAUGAAGAUUCAUCUAAUAAACUUGGUUCAUUUGACAAUGGUGAUCCCACAACAACUAAUCUCUAUCUUGGAAACUUAAAUCCAAAGAUCACAGAACAGCAGCUGAUGCAAGUUUUUGGAAAAUAUGGCCCUCUUGCCAGCAUCAAAAUAAUGUGGCCAAGGUCAGAUGAAGAAAAAGCUAGAGGAAGAAAUUGUGGAUUUGUAGCUUUUAUGAAUAGGAAAGAUGGAGAAAGAGCUCUAAAACACAUAAAUGGCAAAGAUGUUAUGCAGUACGAAAUGAAGUUAGGAUGGGGCAAAGGGGUGCCCAUCCCUCCGCAUCCUAUCUAUAUACCUCCAGCAAUGCUGCAGCUCACUUUACCUCCUCCACAAUCAGGACUGCCUUUUAAUGCACAGCCAUGCCGUCGGGAUAGAGACAGAGUUCCAAAGCUCAAACCUAGUGACCCUUACCCCACAGACCCUGAUCAGAAGGCAUAUUUGGAUGAUAUUCUCUAUAACGCUGUUGUCAAAGUUGUGAUACCAACUGAAAGAAAUGUAUUAAUGCUGAUACAUCGAACAAUUGAGUUUGUAAUAAGAGAAGGCCCUAUGUUUGAAGCCAUGAUAAUGAAUCGUGAGAUUAACAAUCCUAUGUUCAGAUUCCUAUUUGAAAAUCAAAAUCCAAUGCAUAUUUAUUACCGUUGGAAGCUAUUCUCACUUCUUCAGGGGGACCUACAGGCCAAAUGGCGCACAGAAGAAUUUCGCAUGUUUAAAGGUGGUUCAGUUUGGAAACCACCCCCUAUGAACCCCUACACCCAGGGAAUGCCUGAAGAACUUGUUGAAUAUGAUGAAGUUGAUUCAAGAAAAGGUUCUCUCUCUAAUUCUCAAAGGGAUAGAUUGGAAGAUAUAUUAAGAAACAUUUUUCCUGAGCGAACUAAAGUAGCUGAGGCUAUGAUUUUCUGCAUAGAGCAUAGUGAAGCUGCUGAAGAAAUUUGUGACUGUAUUCAAGAAGCACUAUCAAAUGCCACCACUCUUAUGACCAAAAAGAUUGCUAGAUUUUAUCUGAUCUCUGACAUUCUCCACAAUUGUGGAGUUAGUGUGAACAAUGCGUCCUACUACCGCAAGGCAUUUGAAAGCCGUUUACUACCCAUUAUGGCUGAAAUGCAUGCUGCAUAUACUAAACAAGAGAGCAGAUUGAAAGCAGAAGGUUUCCGAAUGCGUGUACUUACUGUGCUGAAAGCUUGGCAAGAAUGGGCAGUAUAUCCUCGUAGUUUCCUUAUUGCUUUGCAGAACACAUUCUUAGGGCUUAGUGUUGAAUUACCAAGAAACAGUGAUCCAGAAAGUGAUGAUGAUAUGAGACCUGACUCAGACAUAGAUGGAGCUCCCCUAUCCAAUAGAAUGGAUGACGAUAUUGAUGGUGUACCUCUUCUUAAAGGUGCCCUGAAAGGCAUAGGAGAGUAUAGUGAUGACAUUGAUGGUGUCCCAAUGGAUGAUGAUAUUGAUGGUGUGCCUUUUGAUGAUGAAAGGAGACCUAGCAGGAAAGGAGGAAUGCCAGCAGGCUUUGUUCCUUCCCGAUGGGAAACUGUUGAUCCCGAGCAAGUUGAAGCGCAAGCUAUGACUACAAGCAAAUGGGAUCUGUUGGAAGGUCAAGAUGAUGAUGAUGACGAUGACAGUGUCAGUAAUGGAGACAACUCAUUGGACAGCAAUCCCAUGUUGUCAAGUUCCAGAGAUGAAGAAAAGAGAGCUCGACUACGUGACAUAGAAGUAAAGGCUAUGCAGUAUCAAGAUGAACUGGAAUCUGGCCAGAGAGCUCUCAAAUCAGGAUGGAAUAUAUCCCAACAAGUAGAACAUUAUCGACGAAAACUUUUGCGCAAGGCUGAACGCGAAGCUCAAAUUGCAAGGGAAGAAAAGUUUGAUAAGAAAGACAAGAGAAAGGAUAAAAAGGAUCGAUCAGAUCGGAGUAGAAGAAGCAUGUCUCCAGAUGAUGAUGUUCAUUACCGUGAUAGCUCAGUUAGCUCUAGAUCUAGAUCAAAGCGGUCAAGAAGCUGGUCAGGUAGUCCAGGUCCAUCUAAACGAUCCCAUCGAUCCCGAAGUAGAAGUCCACAAAGCUCACGAAGCAGAAGGCGUUCAAGGUCCCCUUACACCACAGGAAGCAAGCGUAGGGGUGCCUCUCCACUUUCUCCAAGCCCUUCCCGUCAGAAGCGAAGGGGGUCUCCAUCUCCCCAACGCUCAAAGCAUCGAGGCCUUUCACCACAAUCACCUCGUAACUCAAGACGAAGAAAUUCUGUUUCUGCUUCUCCUCCUCCCCGUAGUAAGCAUCAUGCUUUAUCACCUAGCACUCCACCCCGAAAGCACAAGCACAAACACAAGUACUAGUUAUUAGAAUUAUUUUAUUUUAUUUUGCUAUGUUUUCUAGUUAUGUGUGAUAGUAAGGGUAGAAUAACUCUGGCCUUAAAAUCUUGUUUGCAGUAUUGCAAAAAAUAUAAAGAGCUAAUUGAGUCCACAGAUAGUUGUAACUAUAUGUUUUAGUUACAUUUCAGUUCUUGUUACCUGAGAAAUUACGGAUCUUAACGGAAGCAUUUACUAAAUUGAUUUUCACUUCUGAAUGCAUGUACAUAUAUGUAGGUUCUUAUUUGUCAUCUCACCCUUUUUCACCCUUUUUUAACAUUUUUGGACUGAUAUGUUAAGAUUUGUGGAAGAGCUCUUGAUCAUCAUGACUGCACAAUGUAGUGUUUUGGCUUCAUUUAAUAUAUUUUAAAUUACUUUCUUAGUAUUUUUAUUAGCAGAAGUUACUGUGAAUAUGGUUCAAGUAAUCAUUAAAAUUCUAGCACACUCUGUGAUAUGUAUGUAGGAGUACAUCAAUUUUCAUCACAAUCUAAUCUAGAAGCCCUAAAGUGUGGUUUGGCACUGUUCGGCAUCUUGUUCACAAUGUCAAAGCUGAAAUGGUUCAAAUAAGAAAUUUUACUAUCAAAGUUCAAAUUGGUUGAAUUUUAAGACCAUUUGUUAAAUACACUCCUAUUAAUUGAAAAGUGUUGCCCCAAAAAGUAAAUAUCUAAUGAAUGGUAAAUGCAGUCAAAUGUGGUGCACCUUAAUGAGUAUGUAUUGCAUUUCCUACUGUACAUGUUUAUUUUUUUGUUAAUUAUGUUUUAAUAUUUCAGAAUAGACACGGGGGGGUUGAAUGAAAUCGUGAAAUUCUGUGUUGAACCAGGAUCAUGAUACGAGUGGUUUGAGCACUCACUGUCCUGGAUAAAAUUUAUCAUUUGGUGUACAUAAAUUUGUGUAUAUUGAUGUCCUGAUGUUUAUUGUCCCCAGAGUCUUAUAUCAAUUAAUUGUGUCUCGUGAACUUUGGUGCUUCCAUCGUUUGUCUAAGGGUGGGCAGUGGACUGGAUAGCUAUCCUGGCCCUCUCUCUUUCUGUUUUUACAUCGAGUUGGACAGGAAACAUGUUAGAUUGUAAUGUUUUGUUUUUGAAGCAUCCUAAAGGUGCACACAAUAAACAAUUGUACCAUAGUUUUCAA